AUGCCACUACUUCCAACGCAAUCUGUCGCCUGCUACAGCGUCAUAAGCACUCUCACUUCCCAUCGAGAGAAUAGACGCAAUCUUUCCGCUCAGUUUACUGAGCUUCCUGACAAGAACGAAUAUCCCGAGUAUUAUCGUGUCAUCCCCGAACCGCGCAGCUUGAGUGGAAUCAAGGCCAGUGAUUCAUUGGACAAAGGGCGAUAUAACUCCACCGAUGAGGUAUGGAGUGACCUAAAACUCGUCUUUCUGAAUGCUAUGCACUACAACGAAGAAGGGAGUUCGAUCUGGCGGAAUGCGAAGACGUUAGAGACACUCCUUACCAAAGCCUGGGUCAACACAUCAGGGCUUCCUGACCCCCCGCCGUCCCCUCCCCCAGGAGUGUCGUAUCCCAUGCAGCCUGUACGAACCCCUAUGACUGCGGCAAAGAGCCGGAAGAGACGCACGCCACCCCCUGACGAUGAGGCCCUCGCAGCGUCUGAGGAGAAGCAAGCAGAGAAGCAGGUUGUCCUUGCUCAAAGUGAUGAAAUGGUUCGUCGUGUGGAAGAGUCUAUGGAGAAAUGGCCAGGUUACGGUGACGUAGGCUGGAUGGGUCAACCACUCGGUGAUCCUUUUGUGAUGUACAGGGAUAUUUUACAACAAAUCAGGGAUCACCAAGACGAGAAGAGGGAACGGAUCUCGAAAGUGCUUGACAUGCUUCCAGAUGAUUCUGACAUACCUUAUCUGUCCUAUAAUCCCACAUUCAUGCAGGGUUUGCUUUCGUUGAAAACAAUUGAGGCUCAAGUGGAGAGACACCAGUAUAACAGCUCUGCAGAAUUCGAUCAAGACUUAACUCGUCUUUUCGAAAAGGGACGACGCUUUUAUGAGCCAGGCAGCGAGGAUUAUGGCAAAGUAAUCCUCUUGCAGCGCAUGUAUCAUCAAUUAACGGCUCCCGACGCAUCUAGCAGCACUGGUAACAACUUUGCAUCUGUGGCUGCCGGUCCCGGAAAUGCAAAGCCCCUUCGCAGUGCUGAAAGCACAAAUGAAGAUGGCGUUACUAGUUUUCGUAUCUCCAGUAAGGAAAGACAGUUCACAGAUUCCGCAUCAUUCAAAGGACAGAUUUAUCGCGUUGGCGAUUAUGUCCAUCUCAUGAAUCCCGAUGAUCCUGCCAAACCAAUCAUUGCCCAAGUCUUCAAGACAUUUCUUCCUGAUGGAGCGUCCCUGGAACAAAACCAGCCGUCCUUAACAGUUUGCUGGUACUACCGUCCUGAGCAGACCAUUCAUCCAGCACAUCGACAGUUCUACAUGAAUGAGGUUUUUAAAACCAGUCACUUCGCUGAUCAUGCGAUUGGGGAUGUGAUCGAAAAAAUUGGAUGCCAGUUCACAACGAAGUAUACAAGAGGCCGUCCAAAGGCUCCCUACUGGUACCCAGGUUGGCCUCUGUAUAUCUGCGAUUCGCGCUACAACGACAAAGAGAAAGCGUUCGUGAAGAUCAAAAAUUGGAAUAGUUGCAUUCCAGAUGAGCUGAGAAAGAUGGACUUUAUGCCUGUUCAGCCGUUCGAGCGUACAAUUGUCCUGCGAAGAGUUCCGAGUCCUUUCCUUAUUGGUGGCAAAGGCCCGGGAAAGAUAGGCGAACCGGAAGCCGCUCAAUUGAGGGAGGAUGACUCUGAAAAAGAAAGAGAUCGGGACACGAAGCGAAAACGGUUAGACACUCAACCUUAUGACACUCAAUCUCGAGCGGCAGCUGCAACGGCCAAUAUCUUUCAAUGGGGACCAACCGCCGCAGAGCGCAAAUCUGCCGAAGAUCGCACAGUUAUCACUGCGGCUGGCGGUGCAGGCCAGCUGCAGGCGAGCGGUGUAGUGAUCGAGACAUUGCCACCAGAGACGGUGAUGCACUUCGCGCGUGACCUAGAAACCGGUUCUAUGCUAUGGUUCGCCGGGCCGCCAAUGCUCAUGGCGCGAGCAAGACCGUUGAGGCACAGUCUCGCGUACUUGGCAUACAAAGCAACAGGAGUAAAACCGCGACGGGAUGAUGGUCAGGAUCGGGCUGCUGCAAUGGAGAUGGAAGAAGCGGAGGGCGGGGAGCGAAGCAUGGUAACGGUGUGA